AAAUCACGUUAUGGUGAUGCGAUUCGAUCCACUAUAUAAAGCUAUCAGCAACUGGCAAAGAUAUUUUGAUUCCCUUCUCUUUUCUUCGACAAAUGGCCCAAGUAAGACAGGAUUUCUUUAAGCAAAAGAGUUUUGCGGUUGUUGGGGCAUCGAAAGAUCAAGCUAAAUACGGGACGAAAGUUCUACAAUGGUAUAAGACUCGAAAUCUCGACGUUACACCCAUUCAUCCGGUUCAAACCGAACUGGAGGGAAUCAAGGCUAUUAAAUCCGUUGAGGAGCUCAGUGCACCGUCAGAGACAUCGAUUAGUAUCAUCACACCACCUCCUGUUACUUUGGGAAUCCUGAAAAAGGCCAAGGAAUUGUCUGUUCCUUCCAUAUGGCUGCAGCCUGGAGCCGAGGAUGCUUCGGUUGUCGAUUUCAUUGAUAAAAACGGCUUGAAGGAUAAGGUGGUGUACGGCGGCCCCUGCAUUUUGAUCGAAGGGGACAGUUUGCGCGCUCGAAGCUCCCUGUAACUUAUUUCUAGGCUUUUUAUGCAUGUAUAUGUAUGAUAUAUUGAAGCAGUAGUGAACCAUGUUGAGGAAGUGG